AUGAAUGCUGUGAUAGCAGCAGCAGCAGCGGGGGGAGGAGGGGGGAUAGCCGGGGGAGUGGGGCUGGGGGGCCUGGGCAUGGGGGGGGUGAAGCGGGCAGUGAGGGAGGAGAGGGGGAGGGUGGCGCGGGUGAGGGCAAAGAGAAUGGCUGAUAUGCUGCAGCGGGCAGGCAGCAUCGUGAAGCAGGUUAGUGGGGAGAGGGGGCUGGGCAUGGCGGGGGUGAAGCGGGCAGUGAGGGAGGAGAGGGGGAGGGUGGCACGGGUGAGAGCAAAGAGGAUGGCUGAUAUGCUGCAGCGAGCAGGCAGCAUUAUGAAGCAGCUACUGAAGCACAGGUUCGGGUGGGUGUUUGCCGAGCCUGUGGAUGCGGAAAGUUUAGGUCUGCCUGACUACCAUGAUAUCAUCAGCCACCCCAUGGAUCUGGGCACCAUUCGCUCCCGCCUCGUCCAAUCGCUCGCUGCUACGCGUGCAGACGGGGCAGUCGAGGGAAAAGUGGGAGAAGAGGGAAAAGAAGCAGCAGCAGGAGAAGCAGAACCUACGGGUGGUGCAGCAACCGCUGCAUCCGAUGCUGCUUCUGCUGCUGCUGCUGCUGCUGCUGCGGGUGCUGUUGCUGCGGCUGCUAUCAGUGCUGCAUUGCAGCCCCCUCAUUACAGUCACGUCACUGAGGUGGCACGGGAUGUGCGUCUGGUGUUUGCGAAUGCGAUGAAGUACAAUGGACCAGGGUCGGAGGUAUACCUCAUGGCCCAGGCUCUCUCGGACCGAUUCGAGGAGAAGUGGCAAGCUGUGAUGGUGCCGAGAAUACAAGAGGAGGAGAAGAGAAGGCGCACGGAGGAGGAGCAGCUACAGGCGUUUGAGAGCCGUGUGAAGGCAGAGGCGGAGGAGGCAGCAAUGGACGGUCGUGCGAGACAGAUAGCCGCUGAGACAUCCCAUGUGGAUCAGCAGCUGCUUGAGCUGCGAGACUCCAUCGCCCCGCUCUGCCGUCCCAUGACACCAGAGGAGGUAAGGCGGCUGGGCAGGGGCAUGCGGCGGUUGAAGCCCAACGCCAUGGCGAGGCUGCUAGAGAUUAUUGAGGAGCAGGAGGAACGGGAGGAGAGGGAGAGGGAGGAGCGGGAGAGGGAGAGGGAGGAGCGGGAGAGGGAUGAGAGGGAGAAGGAUGAGAGGGAGAGGGAAGAAAGGGCGGGAGCGAGGGAAGAGGAGACGAGGGGAAGAGAGGGUGCAGAGAAGGAUGGGGAGGAGAAAGGGGGAGAGGGAAGGGGCACACAGGAUAAGGGGGGAGAGGAGACAGGGGGAGAGGAUAAAAAGGGAGAGGAGAAAGGGGGAGAGAGGGAGAUUAUACCUGAGCAACCACAAGGCGUUUCUAAGUUAGGGGAGAAAGGUGAUGUAGAGUGUAAGGGUGAGCUAGAGGAGGGGAUGUGUGCGGAUGUGGCAGAUGGCAAAGUUACUGAUCAUGACCGCGCUGCUGUUCAUGGAAGAGGUAGCAACCAUGGCUGUGGCACUGUUCAUGGGGGGAUGGUGGAUGAGGGCUUGAUUGAGCCCGGCAACACAGUGGCGUUUACUGCACUACGUUUCACUCUCAAGACCGUGAACACAGCGUGCACUCAAGACCAUCAACAGGCCUCCUGA